AUGUCGGCCAAGCCCAACAUGAAGCCCGCUGCGAAAAGUGGACAGAGAAGACAUUUUGGGGUCCAACUCGAACCCAGCCCUGGCGAGGUCUCUAUUGGUGAUUUUGGAGCUCCUUUGAUUAUUUCCGCUGCAAGUCGUCUUUGCUUCGCAUAUCCGACCGAAAAUGUACUUUGCGACGAGUUCGACACUUUCGGCAAUGUUAAUUGGAACGACAAUGCGAGAGCCGACCAGACAGCGUUACUUCCUACCGAGUUCAACCACGCAAAUGUUCCGAGUUGGAAUUACAAUUCAACAGGCGACACAGCAACCGCUUUCUUGGAUCCGUUCAUGAACUUCCAGAAUUUUACACCAUUCGAGGAGAAUACGACCUCUAGUGAUGAUAGGUAUAUUCAGGGUCUUUGGGAUGGAAUCGAUGCGGCCAUCAAUUUACACGGCCAGGAAACGGAUUUUCUCGUGUCGGCACCGAACACAAGUACGGAACAAGACUUUAUUUCCGGAGAGGUUGAUACAAACAUUGCUCUUAUUGGGCAACAAGCUACGCCUCCAGCUCUCCUCAUUGGAUCCUUCGCGAACCAUGUCGCCCUCGCCCCUCGUUUUGCUUGCAACUUCAUUGGUUGUGGUAAGACUUUUGGACGUCAAAGUGACUUGCAAGCGUCACAUGAAGAAGCAUGA